CGCGCGCGCAUUUUAGCAUUGCUAAGUUAUGUUCCAAGGGCUGUCAACGUAAAUGUCAGGGCCCUAUAAAUUGCCAAAAUGAAUGAACUAUGCAUAGAACAAGAAUGUUAUUCAUCGGGCUCGGAAGGACUGGCCAGCAAAAUCAAGGCCGUCUCGCAGCUGGUGAAGAGGCGGCGCCAGCAGGUCGCCCAGCGGAGGACCAUGCUCCGUGAAGCUGUCCGCUCUCUACUGCAGCCGGUGGAGGCUGCUGUACCAGCGCCGGCCUCCCGUCUGCCCGGCCUGGUGGCCCGCACCGCCUGGCAGAGGCUCGUCUCGGAACGUUGGCUUGUUGCCACAGAUUUGACCAAUGAAACAUCCACAGAGGUGGCACUGCCGCAUCUGCUGGCCUGCGGCGGGUGGCACGGGCCCGUGGCGUACGAGUCUCGCCUGGCGGCCGCGCCGUUCGAGCUGAGCGCUCCGGCGCCGGCCGCCGGCCGCCUGUCGCCCGGAGCGACCGUGCGCCUCAUAGCGGUGCUGGACGAGCCGCCCGUCUGCGGCGGGGGCUGUCGGCUGACGCUGACGCUGGCCUCCGGUCCGGAGGAGCCGCGGCCGGCCAGCGCCGCCGGCUUCUACCAGCUGCCGGCCGGCCGCGUGACGCUGACCGCCGACCAGCGGCUGGCGCGGCGACACUCCCUGUUCAGCGGUCCAGGUCCGGACGCGGAGGCCGACGUGCAGGCGCUGUGGGCGCUGUCGGGCCGGCCCCUGCGCCUCCGCCUGCCGCGGACGGCCCAUCUGCACUUGCAGGCGGCCAGGCUGCGGCUCGAGCAGGAUGCCUUCAUACCUGUUCUGGCGGCGCUCACUCGAGCCGAGCCAGGUGACCCGCUGUUUGGCUGCCUGGUGCUGCUGGCCGAGGAAGCCGACAACCGAGAGGCCGCCGCCGGCGCGCUGACAGCCGCGCUCUGGAGCAGGACGGAGCGGCAGAUGGCGCUGCUGCUGCACCAUCUGCGGCGGCUUCUGGGGUCAGCGCUGGAACUGCAGCGGCGGCCGGAGCCGGAGCCGGAGCAGGGGCAGGAGCCGGGCGCCGCCGGCGCACAGCACCUGCGGCGCGCCCUGCUGGCACAACUGCAGUUCGCCGAGGCGCACAUAGGUGACAGCACUGGUGGUGGUGCCGAGCGGCGCGCACUCCGACUCGGGGAUGUGCACGUGCCGCUCUCAGAGUACGGCCGCUGGAGACGGCGGCUGGCCCAGCUGGAGUUGGAGGCUGCUAUGUGUGCGCUGCAGCUGGCCGAGCGGCAGCCGGCCGCUCUGUGACGCUACUCCGCGGCUGGGCGGCACAGCUGACCAUGGACACCCGCGGUGUGCUAGUGAAACCGCCUUGAUGGCACACACCAGCUGUGCUUGACUCUAGCGAUGUGCACUGUGAACGUUGUCUGUGACUGGUGUCGUGGUCUGCCUUGCGGUUGUCUUUCGCUCAUGCAGUGAUGGUUAAAUGGACCGGGAGGAUCGUUUAGCUGACAGUGUUUGUGGGAUAUCGCGUGUAACGGUUGGAUAAGUGCUAUAAAUGCCCUGUCGGCUAGCCGCCGGCGGGCGUCCGAGCAAUGACCGAGCGCCAGACAGUGAUGUGUGUCAGUCCUUUCUCUGGCAUUUCGACACUGCGCACUGGCGAAAAAAGUGUUUGUUGGUUAUGUGAACGGCAAUAACUUUUCCUUUGGUUCGUUGUAUCUGGAACUCAUCCCGUUCAUUGGCUGUAUGUGUGUGUGUGUAUCCGGUAAUGCUUUAGGAGCACAAAUACCAGGCCGAGUCCAGUCAGCCUAGGCCAAGGCAGAACCAGAACCAGACCGUCAAACUUGUGAUCAUAGGCUGCUUUCUAUAGAAUAAAAUAGCUAACCUUUA